AUGCUCCUGGGACGCCUCCGCUCCCAUUUGCCUGCAGACUCGGGCCUGACGGAGAUAAGGCCCGGACGGCAGAUCCUUGCAGAAUGGGGAAGUUCUCCCGGGCUCCAGCCAGCUCUCCCGCCGCAGCGUGCAGCAUCCCUCCACGCUGGAAAGGCGACGUGGGGGCUGCUGAGCCCCCAGCUCUCGCUGGUCAGCCUGGUCUGUCCCCCGCCGGCAGUGGCCGGCCAGGUGCUUCAGAGCGUGGCGGCACUGGGUGCAGAGGCGGCGGGCGGUGGCAGCGGCCAUGGCGCUGGGCUGCGGCAGCCGUGGUGCAGAGGCCUACGGGCGCCGCGGUGGACACCGUGGCUCCGGGAGGCCCAGCUGGAGGCGGCGUGGGGGCGACACACGCGGGCCCUGCUGGCGCGGACCUUCCGAAAGUGGAGGAACUUGAUUCAGCAGCAGAAACAAGGGCGGCUUCACAUCCAGGCUGGGCCAGGACCCCCAUCCUCCGGGGAAGGCCAGGACCGAGGCCCCUCAGGAAGGAAGCCGGUGGUGGACACCGCCUGGAGAAGCAGUCCAAGGAGUCGGAGGGAGGAGGCGGGAGCCCAGCCGAUUCCGUUGUGUUCGGGGCCGAGGCCAGAUGGAGGAGACAGGGGAGUCCAGAUCCUGCAGGCUCUGCAACAACUGGCUGCCUUCCUCCUGUGGUGCCAUCAGAAGGAAUGGGCCAGGCAGGAGAAGGGGGUCCAGGGAGAGGUCUCCGGGUCCAUGCUGAGGACUCAGAGGAUGAGUGGCGCCCCGCCCCCAGGCCUGGUGUUCUCUCCUGCUGCAGAUGCAGCCUGGGUGUCCCCACUGGACACCCAGUGCCAGAGGGCCUGGCUCUGCAGGUGCUUUGGGGCCUGGCAGCGGUUCGUGCAAAGAGGGACCCGGUACCGGGACCACACGGCCAACCGCCGGGCAGGGACCCUGAGGGUGUGUCUGCAGCAGUGGGUGCAGAUGAAGCAGCUCCAGGCCUCAGAGGCGGCGAAGGUGAUCCAGCUGUCCCUUUGCUGGCGGAAGGCAGGGAACAUGGCCCUCCUCAGCUCAGCCCCUGGGGGCGGGCCACAGCCCACGGCCUGGGGGUGGUGGCCCAGGCCCAGGCGCUGCCCCGGGAGCAAGGCCGGAGCUCCUUGCAGGAAGCCGGCCGGAGGCUGGCCCUCCAGCGGGCGCUGCUGCUUUGGAGGACGCAGCUCUCCCGGUGCCAGCGGGCGGAGGUGUCCAGGAGUCUGUGACCUGGGGUUGGGCCCGGAGGGCAUGGGGUGGGAAGGUCUGCUGCUGUUUGGAGUUUGGGGAAAUGACCUUCCCCCAGGCCUCAAUUUCCCUACCUUUAUAACCGAGCGGAGGCAGAAGUACUGGUGUGGGCUCUUGAGUCUUGGGUCCCUGGGCCUGGGCUCGGCUCCACCCCCAUCAGCUGUGUGGCCCCCACGCCCCCAGGGAGUGUGCUCCUUCUUCGAGGGCGUGCAGCAGCGGGCGCUGCGUCACAGCCUGAGGGGUUCGUACCUGAGGGCGUGGGAUCCAGGCAGCGCCAGGACCACCUUGGCCCCAGCGGUUCUGGGCGGCGUCCUGGGAGGGGAGGCCCUGCUGGGCCGCAGGACACCCCGCAGCUCCCUGGUGAAGGCGCAGGCCCAGCAGUCCCGGGGCAUGGCACGGUGGCAUCAGCGCACCCUUCAGAGGCGCAUCCUCCUUGGCUGGAGCCACUGGGCAACAGCCCAGGUGGCCAGGAGAGAGCUGGCUGCCCCCCGGGCCUGGGAUCAGGGCUGCAGGGCUGCGCUGGGCCUGUGGCAGCAGCGGCUGGUGCAGCAGCAGGAGACGGAACAGUGGGCCCGGGAGUGGGGCGGGGACAGCAGCAACGUGCACUGGGCUGCUGGCAGAAGUGAUUGCGGGAAUUCUGUGAGACAAUCCACACGAAGUGCUCGGCUCAGAACCCAGCUCCUCGUGGGUGCUACCAUCAUCAUCACCAUCUUCAUCUUCAUCCUUGUCAUCCUCACCUGGCCUUCAGGAGUCACAGUGUCCUCAGAGCCCAGCACAGAAGGCGGAGAUCACUGGGGGCAAUUUUAGAGGCUUCUCACUCCACCGCUAUCGUAUCAGUGGGCUGGCAGGUGGGGAUUUGGUUGUUCUGGCAAGUUCGUGUCCUGUCCACUGGGGACAGCUGCUUCCCCAGCCUAAUCGUUGCCCAGGAAUGUUGGCCCAGGGUUGCCAGACCUCUGUUUUUACAGAAAAGCUGGAAAUCUGUAUUUUUAUGUGAAUUCUCCUGACUCCUAAACAUCGUCAAGAAAUUAAAAAAACAAAACAAAACAAAACUCUGAGUUGGUUGGCCUGGUCACCAGUCGGACGCCUGUAAUGGGAGCAUCUUAACCCAGACAGUUAGGUGGCCUCCUUGGUUCCCACUUGGGUAGAGGGCGGAGGCUGGCAGAGCAGGGGUCCGUGGUUCCUUGGGGCCCAGGCUGAGGCUGGAAUGAGCGCCUAGGGGCACUUCAGCAUCUCUCUGGCCACAGGACAGCAGCUCCUGCGUGAAAAGUACCAGCGGUGU